AUGUACUGGGAACAGUUGGAGCUGAGAUGCAGAUCUCUAUAUCGUCCACCGACUGGACAAGCAGCGCCCCCUGCCGGUAGACCGGUACAGAAUAAUUGCAGUUGCUGCGCUCAAUGUCACACCGCGCAGCCCGCUUGGGACUUUAGUUUGCAGCAUCGGUUUUGGGCACCAGGUCGUAUUGGCAAUCUGUAUUCUCCAAAUCCCAGCGCUGGAAGGAAAACAUCACCAUGGAGCUGGUUCCCUUGGCCCAGGAGUAACAGUCAAAAUUCCCGGUGUCGUAUGGGCGGGGUCCCGCAGUCGGGCGACAGCGCAUACGGUUUCUGCGAGACCGACCCGACCCCACAAAGCGCCGCGCAGCCGUACGACGAGCGCUCCUACCCCGCAAACUUCAGCCAGCCGUUCCAGCGCGGCCAGGGCUCCGGCACCUUCCCACAGAACGCCGCCAGCUUCGCGCAGAGCUCGGGGAACUUCGCGCAGAACCCCGCCAACUUCGCGCAGAGCUCAGGGAACUUCGCGCAGAACCCCGCCAACUUCGCGCAGAGCUCGGCCAGCUUUCAGGGUCACGGAAAUUUCAGCCAGCCGGGCUUCACCCAGGGCUACCAAGAGGGCUUUGGGGAGGCCAGCGGUAGUUUUGACGCCCAAACCGGCGUUUGGGGACCACCGCCGCCUUACAGCCCACAAGGAAGGAGUGGUAGUAGGCAUCAUCUUCACCAUCAAGAUCCUGCGGCUGCUACGCUACUCCAUCAUCACCACAUUGAUGUUCAUCGGAACUCUAUGCCCGUACAUGAACAUGCUAACUUGCCAAUGCAACCUCAUACAUGCACUCGAAGUUCCUAUCUGAUGCACGCGAAUGUCCAGAUGAACCCCGAUGUUGCCCGCAUGAAUCCGGAAAUAAGCAGAUUGAAUCCGGAAAUAAGUCGAUUAAACCCGGAAAUAGGCCGAUUGAAUCCAGAACUGAGUCGUUUGAACCCGGAAAUUGGCCGUAUGAACCCCGAAUUGAGCCACAUGAACCAAAUGUAUCCAACGGAUCCAAACGAAAUAGCUCGAUUGCAGGCUGAAAUGGCUCAUCUGGGCCCGGAAAGAUUUAAUACAUUGCGAGGUCAUUUGGUUCCGUACAGAGCUUGCCCGAGAUCUUUGGGAAUGAGUGCGGGAAAUCUGCAUAGGGAUUGUCGGGUAGAUGACAAUGUUGCCAUAGAAUGUUUACAUCAGAAGAGCGCUAGCAAAGUAUCUGAUCAAAGCGGCGACUCCUGUCAGAAGCAAGGCAAGGAGAAUCUAGGCUUUCAAAAUGACAAACAUUCUCCAAUGAGAUCUUCAAUGCAAGACUGCCGCGGGACAAAUCAAAAUGCAGAAUCCGAAGUGUAUUUCGCUGACGUGUCUAGCUGCUGUAAUGUAUCAGUAAAGGCGGACUGUUGCAUCAAUCCUAACGUCUCCGCGUUGGUCGGGACCAUAGAGAAUCAUCCGGAAUCUACAUCGGAAUCGGAUACUGGGUCUUUUACACUUACACGACAACAGCGUCCCCAGCCGCAAGUGGGAUCCAAGCGGCGACCGAGACAAGCCGACAAGCAUAUUAAAAAUCAAGAAAAAUUACGUCAAGACCUGAACAGCUCGCUCAGAUUGACAGAACAACAAAUCGAACAUUUAAACAGCUCGAUGAGGAUGAGCGAUCGUAUGUGUGACCGAAUGAAUGAUUCUAGAGUCAGUGAUAGAAUGAACGACUCCAGAAUAAGUGAUAGAUUGAACGAUUCACGGGUCAGCGAGAGGAUGAAUGAUGCUAGAAUGAGUGAGCGGAUGAACGACUCUAGAGAUCGUUUAAAUGAUCCUAGAAUCGAAAGAGAGCGUCUCAAUGAUUCACGAGUCGAUCGAAUGAACGAGUCACGGGACCGUUUGAAUGAUUCACGAAUUGAACGCAUUGAAUCUAGAGACCGUCUAAACGAUUCAAGAGUCGAUCGAAUGGAUUCGAGAGAUCGUUUGAACGAUUCGCGAAUCGAUAGAAUGAACGAAGGUAGAAUUGAUGACCGUAGGAUGUCAGAUCUAAACGCCAGCAUACGUAUAGAAGGCAGCCCUAAAAUGCGCGCACACAUAAGCCCCCUGCGUAUGCCUAGAACUAGUCCUAAGAAUUUGCCCAAGGAACACCCCAGGCAGUCUAGUUCAGACUCUAGUAAACCGGAGUUCUUCGCUCCCCCGCCUCCAGCACACUCGCCUUUAUCGCCUAACACAGAGGAGUCACUUUUGUCUGACGACGAUGAUGGGAGGAAAGAUACAGUGUACUCGAACGAACCGGAAACAUCGAAAUGUUUGGGACCAGACUCUCAGUACGAACCGGUUAGAGACGCAAAAGAGGAAAUACUGAAGACGAAUCAUCACCAUUGCUAUAGCGACACCAACACGAUGGAUUCGGGAUGGCAAAGUGGAUCAGAGAAACAAGUGACAGAC